CGUGGGUAGCACGUGGCCGCACUGGGCGUCCUCGCCCGAGCUGCGUGGCCAUGGACGUGGGCGCCGAUGAGUUCGAGCAGAGCCUUCCUCUGCUGCAGGAGCUCGUACUGGACGCCGACUUUGUGGGUGAGGCCUUGGCCACCUGCAGACCUUACAGUGUAAGGACUGGCGGCUGUGUUCUGCGCCUGGGGACUCUUGUCUUUUUUGCCUUCCCCUUAGGUCUGGACAUAGAGUUCACUGGCCUUCGUUCUAACCUGACUGGGCCGCAGCAGAUCAGUCUUUUUGAUUUGCCAUCGGAGUGGUAUCUAAAGACCCGUCAGAGUGUUCAGCAAUUUACAAUCUGUCAGAUUGGAUUGUCUGUGUUCUCCAGCAUCGAAAGAGAGUCGAACAAGUAUGUAGCCCAUUCGUGCAACUUCUUUCUCUUUCCUACAACAUUUGGGAUUUUGGAUUCAGAAUUCUCUUUCCAGGCUUCUAGUGUUCAGUUUUUGAAUCACUAUGGCUUCAACUACAACAAGUUUCUCAAAAACGGAAUCCCAUAUAUGAAUGAAGAACAGGAGAAGAAAAUUAAGCACAACAUUCUGUGCGGGAACUGGAAAGUCCGCAGCUCUCCAGAUAAAGACCAAAUCAAGGUGGUAAUUGAUGAAGUGACGCGGUGGCUGGACCUGGCCGAGGAAGGAGAAUGGAUGACUCUUCCGGGUAUCACUGGGUUCCAGGCCUUCGAGGUCGAGCUGGUGCUGAGGCAGGCCCUCCCCAACAUCUGGACGGUGCUGAAAGAGGAAGGGGUGAUAGUGAAGAAAGUGAGUAAACAGCAUCGCUGGUACCUUGACAACACCUCUUGUGAUAGAGUGAGCUGUUGGAGGGAGAAGAUUCUUUUCUCUGCGAAGGGUUUUUCUGUGUUUUUCCAAAUGCUGGUGAAGGCCCAGAAGCCCUUAGUGGGACAUAAUAUGAUGAUGGAUCUGCUACAUCUCCACGAGAAGUUCUACAGACCUCUCCCAGAAAGCUACGAUCAAUUUAAGCAGAACAUCCACAGCCUAUUUCCCGUUAUCAUUGACACCAAGAACGUAACAAAGGAUAUCUGGAAGGAAAUGAAUUUCCCAAGGGUUUCCAACCUUUCAGAAGUGUAUGAAGUCCUGAACAGUGACUUGAAUCCCACCAAGAAUUCCGAACCAGAGAUUAUUCACUCACAUGAGUGUGAAAAAUACGUCGAGACAAAGUACCCCCACGAAGCUGCGUAUGAUGCCUUCCUUUGCGGAUCAGUUCUUUUGAAAGUGGCACACUUGCUCCUAGAGAGGGUGCACGGCAUCGAUCCCAUACCGGAGUCCACCUUUCCUCAGUACCUUGACGUGCUGGCCCCUUAUGUGAACCAAGUGAACCUCAUCCGAGCGGGGGUCCCUAAAAUCAAUUUUUCUGGUCCAGAUUAUCCCAGUAUCCGACCUCCCAUCCUCAUCCUCAGUGUCAGCAAGUGGCCUGGGGUCAACGAGCAGCAGGUCUACCGUGAGUUUCAGAAUCUCUGCAAGUUCGACGUCAGGCGCCUCACGCGAAGCCAGUUCCUGCUCCUGACCAACAAGUUCAAGGACGUGCGGAGUACCCUGAAGGAGUACAGGAGCCACCCGACCCUGCAGGUCUCCCUGUAUCGGUACUGGAAACACUCGCCAAACAUCAACUGCCUGUUACAGGUCUGUGGCAUAGUUACCACCUGGGCCCUCCUGGCGUUUAUCCUGGGAAGAUCCGGCCCCUGAGUGCAGCGAGGCCUCCUGCAGCUGCCCCUCGUCCACACCCUCGGGACAGCGUCCUGGGUUCUGUUUGUAAAUCAUAUUCUGUUUGUACAUGGAUCUCUGUGGUCCUUACUGAAAAUUCUGUUUUUGAAGGUGAAAUUCUGUAAAUGCUAUCAACGAUAA